CUUUGGGCCAGAUAAUGCUCUAUGUUGAUGGCAUGAAUGGAGUAAUAAAUCAUAAUGAAACCAUCCAAUGGCUGUACACACUUAUUGGGUCAAAGUUCCGCCUGGUGGUAAAGACAGCCCUGAAGCUGCUGCUCGUCUUCGUGGAGUAUGCUGAAUCCAACGCGCCGCUUCUAAUCCAGGCAGUGUCCACUGUUGAUGAAAAGAGAGGAGCCAAGCCAUGGUCUAACAUCAUGGAGAUCCUGGAGGAGAAGGAUGGGGUUGAUACUGAGCUACUGGUUUACGCAAUGACCUUGGUUAACAAGACGCUGUUGGGGUUGCCAGAUCAAGACUCCUUCUACGACGUGGUGGACUGUCUGGAAGAGCUAGGCAUUGAAGCUAUUUCACAGAGACACUUGAACAAGAAAGGAACAGACUUGGACUUAGUGGAGCAAUUUAACAUUUAUGAGGUGACGCUGAGGCACGAGGACGGAGACGAGAGCGCGGAGCCGCCGCCCAGCGG